AUUAUGGCCCUUAUAUAAUUGAAUGAAUGAUAAAGGUGUUGGGGAGGAUAAUGAGCCUAGAUGAGUGUCACCUGUGGAAAUUCCUGACUGAAUAACUCUGCUUAAACUAUUCCUUUGUUGAUGACUCCGACUUGUGCAUUUGUUGCCAUCUUGGCUACUGCUGUAGAAUCGGGCAGUCUAAGUGAUCUGAAUUAGCACUGUUGGCUACCGCCCUGACUAUGUCUCUACAUUUAGCUUUUCCACACAUGAGAGUGGUGCAACCUUUUUCCAGCUGCCCUCCUCCUUCAAGUGUCUCCAGUGACAACAGUGUGAGGGACCACUCUACAGCAAGCUGGGUACAUACUCUCCUGGUUUUUGCAGGCUGCAAUGAAAAAGGUGCAGCAGCAGCAUGUGGUUAAACUGAUGCAGGGUGUAGACUUUUUAUGGAGAAGUCUCAUCAGUGUUGCUUCCUUUCAAGGUGUUUUUGGGUGGAGAUGUCAUCUGCUGCACCUGAAUGAGUGAGGUGGAAGCCUCUUAAAUACUGAUGGUAAGGGUCAGGUCUUGUGGGAAUGAGCAUAGUGAGGAGGGUUAGGGCUGUGGUGAUGCUGCCAUCUUUGUGGUGCUGUGAGGAUCCUUGGCUCAGGUCCUCUGCUCAAGCUCUCCUGAGAUUUCUAGGCUUUGUCUUCUGGGGCACUGCUGCAGCUCAGGCAUUUGGUGGAGUUUUGGUGAUCCUGAUGUUUAAGAACUACAGAUACUUAUUUCAGGAGUCUUACUUGUCUCUCCCUGGUUGGUUGGCUAUUGCAGCUGCACUUAUCUUGCUACCUACUGGAGUUUUGGCUGUCUCUAUUUCUAUCAGGAGCUCCCGCAAUCGGCAAGGGACUUUCAUGUACCUGCUGUUGCUCCUUGUUUGCCUAGAAACGUCUUCAGCAGUUCUGGCACAUGUCUACUCUAUUAGGGCGGCUUCUCAGCUGGAAAGUGCUAUGGGUCACCUUAUCUAUCAGCACAAUGGGUCAUGCUCCCAGGGUCCUGGAAAUAGGGCUGUUGAUGUGAUGCAGAGGAAGCUGCAGUGUUGCGGGGUCCACAACUACACAGACUGGCUGAAGGCAAGAGUUGCUUCUUGGCAUCUUACACCUUGUGUCCCUGAAAGCUGCUGUAAGGAGAAGUAUUCUCACUGCAGGGGACACUUAAGCCAUCUGGAGCAGCUUUCUCAGGAAGGCUGUCUGAAGAAGCUAGAAGACCAGUUGUGGUUUGUCAUGCUGUAUGUGUUUUGGUGUUGUACUGUGUUAAGCAUCUUGAAGCUGUUGGCUGCUGUUAGCAAUGGCAUCCUCAUGAGGCAUCAGCCAUUCCAUGACCUCCGAUUUCUGGACUCAGAUACCUUCUCAUAGGACUGAAGGCACUGGCUGUUUUGCUGAACCUGCUGCAUGGCUCCUUGGUACUCCU